GAGGUGAGACGCUGCGCAGUGGUUCCGCAGUGACCUCAUAACGGCUUCUUGUGGACCCAGAUCCGUAGUGUUUUUGCACCUGCAGUGACUUCAUAGCGGUUUUUCGUGGGAUCCAAUUCCGUAGUGGUUUUGUAUCUGCAUUAGAUGCCUAGUGGUGUCAGGACCCAGAUCCGUAGUGGUUUUGUAUCUGCAGUAGAUGCAUAGUGGUUUCAGGACCCAGAUCCGUAGUGGUUUUGUAUCUGCAGUAGAUGCAUAGUGGUUUCAGGACCCAGAUCCGUAGUGGUUUUGCAGGGGGCCAGAUGAGCGUGAGGAGGAGGGGUUUGUGGUGACAGAGUGUCUUUGUGCUUGUGACUGGCUGCGGUCUUUAAUGGGCCCAUUCAGGGGUUCUGCUGUCUACAUGACGGAGCUCCUCCACCAAGAGAUUUGGGUCUAGAAAGCACCAUGAAGAUGAGCUCGUCUGCAGUGGCGUUUCUGCUCUGCUCCAUCACUCUCUCUUUAGGCUCAGCGUUGCGGUGCUACCGGUGUCAUGGCUACAGCCCUGUGAACUGCCAGUCCAUACAGGAAUGCAGCUACGAGGACUCCUGCCUGUCCCUGAGUGAAAAAGGUGGCAAAACCAUUCGCCAGUGUAUCAGGUACACAGACUGUGACAACCUUCGGCUGACGCAGAUGUUCCCCUCGGUGGACGGCUUCACCUACAGGUGCUGCAGCAGUAGCCUGUGUAACAGCGGUACUCUGGCGACCCGGAGCCGGCCCGCCCUGCUGCUGGGGGCGCUGGUUCUGUUCUGGUGGUGGAUUCUGUGAGCCUGGAUGGAACCCCCUUGAGUACCACAGAGACAACUAUGGAUGGGCUGUCAAUUUAGUUCAUUUUUUAUAGCAGAGGCAACGAUGUGCUGUCAUUUUACUUUCAUUUUGUCCAUGAAUUGAAAUCUCACAUGAUAGUGUUAAUCAUAUACAUUUUGCAUCAAUAUUGAAGAUAUUUGUAGUUUUUGUUACAGGUACGUGAACUGAUUUAUCCUUGGGUCUCUAAAUAUUAAUAUUGCCAAUUAAUCCCAUUAAAAUUAAUAACUGUGAUUUAUUUCAAUCCAUUUAGCUUUUCCUGUCAUGACCACACCCACCAAACAUGUGUGUUUAAGAUGGUUUGGUUUUGUAACUAACAGAAUUAAAAUAUUUGUAAAAAUAA